AAAACGAUUUCCCACAAUAUCUCAAGGGCCAUAUAAAUACAUCCUCUUUCCUUCAGUCGAUGCCGCCGAUUCAUUUUUUCCCUUCCCGUCUCCCCCAGCCCUAAUCGUCGCUAGCGGAGUUUUGAGAGGCUACGUUUCCAGCGAUUGGUUGUUGAGGGUUGAUUAAAUUAUGUCGAACAAAUAUGUUCCAUCUUGAUCGCUUUCAUUUGCAGUGCUCUCACGCUCUAUACAAUUUACUUGUUCUGGGUCAUCAAUGACAAAGAGGAGAGGGAAAGCAUCAAAGGGUAAAAAGGGUAAAGAACCACCCUUGAAUCUUUCUAUGUCAAAGAAAGGUGUUAAUAAACUGGCGAAGAAGAAGAAGUCAAGGAAGACGAGUGAAACUUCCACUCUAAAAGUUGCCCAUUCUACUUCAAGAUCAAAUCUUGUUAAUGGUCCAACUUGUGCUUCAGUUUCAACUUCAAACCCUCUUGUCAAUGAUCAGAAGAAGCACGAGAAAACGGAGGGGGAGAAAUAUCCCUCUGGAUUCAUUUUUAUGUGCAAUGGAAAGACGAAGCCUGAAUGUUAUCAAUAUCGUGUUUUUGGCUUACCAAAAGGGAAAAUCGAAGUCGUGAAGAAUAUAAGUCCUGACACGAAGCUAUUUUUGUUUGACACGGACUCAAAGCUUCUUUAUGGAAUCUACGAAGCUACUAGCAAAGGUGCAUUGGAUUUGGAACCAACUGCUUUCAAUGGGCAAUUUCAAGCGCAGGUGAAGUUUAAGAUAUUCAAGGAUUGCUUACCUCUUCCAGAGAGUGCUUUCAAACAUGCUAUUAAAGACAAUUAUGAGGGUCAUCGGAAAUUUAGACAGGAACUCAGUAACACACAGGUGAAGAGUCUAAUUUCCUUGUUCCGCCCAAUUGCCAAGAAACCAUCUGCUAAGAAAUCACAUGUCCGUCCAAAUGUGGGUAUCCGGCCGUCAUUUAAGUCUGCACGAACCAAAGAAGUGGUUAAAUCAUAUCCUCUUGAGAAACCGUCGUCUGGAGCGCACUACCUGCCGAUCCUUGAGACAAGACCUCAACAUGAUGUCCACCAUGGGCAUGAUGUCUACCAUGGACAUGAUGUCCAUCAUGGGCAGUAUGAUCCAUUUGAACCAGGAUUGCAUGUCUCUCAUUCACAAGUGCAGCCUAGGCUUUUAAGAAUAGAAGCCCCUCCCGGUCAUGGCGAACCUUAUCAUCCCCGUCAUGUUGAACCUUAUCAUCCCCGUCAUGUUGAACCUUAUCAUCCUGAGCAGGCACAUGAAGGAAAAUAUUUUCCUGAAGAAUCUUUUAGACACCCUCCAGAAUCCUAUGCAAGUAUUCGCAAUAAUAUCGAGACAAAUAAUGGAGACCGUCGGUUUGUGUAUGGGCGCCAGUAUCAUACAUCACAGUUCAUGUUGGAUCGAGAUGUUACUCACACAGAUUAUAUUCCUCCUGGUUACUAUAGCCAACGGCUGUCUCCUACAGCCUUACGUACCGCUCCUUUGUCACAAGCGCGGAACAGGUCACCAUCUCCACAUCGUCAACAGAACAGGUUACCAUCUCCACAUCGUCCACAGAACAGGUUACCAUCUCCACAUCGUCCACAGAACAGGUUGACAUCUCCACAUCGUUCUUACCAUUCGGCCGUGGCCUCUCAGGAUCGAGGUGGGGUGUAUGCUGCUAGUUUGCCACAAGUGACGGCUUCUAAUAAUCUUAGAUAUGGUGAGUCAAAUUUGCCAAGCUCGUCUUAUUAUUACUCUUCAGCUACUACAAGGCUAAACUAUCGGUAAGUAGCUAGCCAACCAGAGUUUGAAUUUGGUUUUAACUGCUUUCACUCUCGACGGUCUGCUCCGAUAAAACCAAAAAUUUGUAUGUUUGUUUUAAUUCCAUGUGAUAAGAAGACUUAUUAAGGUUCUUUUAUGCUAGAAUUUGGCCUGAUUGGUGUAUUCGAGAUUUUUAACAUGCUCGUGGUAAUGCCAUUUGGUUGUCUAUCCACAUAAAGACCUCAAGACUUGAAUUCUGUGUAUUAUCAUAUUCUAUGUUCGGUGGAAAAAUUUAAAAAUUCUAUCAUACUUCUAACAUAUAGGUACUUGAA